AUGUCAGAACCAUCCACCCCAUUAACCAAUUCAGGUUCUUUCAGUCAACACAGUUCUCCAAAUAAAAAAAGUGCAAUACAACAAAAAUUAUUAAUACUUAAAUUGAAAAGAAUCAAUGAAUUAAAUAAUAGAUUAAAAGAUACAUUAUCAAAAGAUAGAAUAUAUGCUUCCAAUGCUUCCUAUUCCAUAAUAGACUAUACACAGAGUCAUAAAGAUUAUGCUAUACCUGAGAUUUGGGGGAAUUUACAACCAGGUGAAAAUCCAUUUAGAAAUAAUAGGUUCCAACAAAAGACUGGUGGUGGUGGUCAAGAUCAAGGAGGAUGUUGUACGAUAAUGUGA